AUGGCCCAGAGCCCAACGUCGGAUAUCAGCAAUUAUCCAAACCUUAGCCAGGCCGAGUUUGAAGAGGCCUGCCACCUGCUAGAAACGAGAUAUCGCCGGGCUACACUCGGGCCGCUGCGUAAGAAAUGGAAGCUCAACGUCCGCCGGGCGCUAGACCUAUCGUUUUCGUCGGACAACGACGGCUACAGCACAUACAUCGAGAUCAUUCGCCCGCUCGAAGGCGAGGCCGAGCUACCGUUUGACCUGGGCGGCUUCUCGAUAUCCGGAACUGCCCCGGAGAACCUGACCAAUGCACAGGACGCGGAGAUGAUGGAAACGGAGGAGUCGGACAAGGUAUGGCAGCCAACAGCCUCGUAA